UAUGGUUAAACUUCUUUAACCUCAUUCAGAAUUUUAAAUUUUAAUAACAAAAUAAAAAUGUUAUCUUCUAGACGACUUUUGGAUUUUUUCAGAUAUUAUGCAAUUAAUAAAAAUAUCAACUUCUCCACUAAGGUCAUAAAACCACUAGAGAAUAUUAAGGCUGAACUUAAAAUUACGGAUAACUGCGUCAAUCGUUUGAAAUCUAUCAUUACCAAAGGUUCUUCUGAUUUUUUGAGAGUUUCUGUUGAAGGAGGUGGUUGUUCAGGAUUUCAGUACAAGUUUGGUUUGGAUAGUGAAUUAUCAGACGAUGAUAGGAUAUUCCAAAAAGAUGGAGUGAAAGUUGUGAUAGAUGAAAUUUCUUUAGGGUUUGUGAAAGGGGCAACUGUUGAUUAUCAAGAAGAAUUAAUAAGAGCAUCUUUCAAAAUAGUAAAUAAUCCUCUUGCUGAACAGGGUUGCUCUUGCGGUUCAUCUUUUGCUGUGAGACUCGACUGAGAAAUUGUUAUGUAGAUAUUUAUAUAAAUGAUUUUAUUUAUGUAAUAUAUUUGUGUCACUUGA